ACUUUGACACGCAAGGAUGGCGCGAUCGGCUGCUUUGGGCAUUAUCGGUCUCCUGUCAUCUGUGUUGGCUGCACCAGCACCACAAGUAUGCUCGAUGCUCUCAAGCCUGCAGCCUCCUUCAUUGCUACCGAACCCAAAUGCCAAUUCAAAUCUCUACAUCCCGAUAAUUCAGCCCAAUCCCAACGACGAUGGAGCCAUCAAAGUUAUUAUUCAAAAGGAUAACGUGCCAGAACGACUGCAAGCUGCUGGUUUCCGAACCUACCCAGUACCAGGCGGAAGUUUUUACAUUCGUCCCAACCCUGAUAUUACCAUCCAACCUCGUCCAAUUGUAAUCAGACCUCCGCAUUUGAAACCAAUCCAACCAUGUCCAGUAGAGGUUCAGCCACCUCCCCUUGCACCAAUAACGCCGCCCCCGAUAACAAUCCGACCACCGCGGUUACGGCCAAUAAAUGUACCACCAAUAUGCGUGAGGCCCAAGCCGUUGGCACCAAUCACACCGCCGGCUAUCAUGGUCAAACCGCCUUGUCAACAGCCAAUACAACCAGCAGCUAUAUUGAUCCGUCAGCCGGAGUUACCAUUGAUAACUCCGUCACAAAUUGUGGUGAGACCACCAUCACCAGCAAAUGUUCAACCACCGACGAUAUGUUUCAAGACAUCAGUUUUGAGGAAGGGUAAUGACUGUCCAUACCCUCAACCCGUAUAUCCUACGAACAGCUGUUCGUGUUCCAAUUCGUGAGUUCAAUAAAAAACGAAUUACUGCAAAAUUAUACAAUUAAUAGGUUUUUUAAAAAAUGUUACUUGAUUAGUCUAAAUCAAAUACUGUUUUUCCUAAGCCUAUCUUAACCCCUGACUGUUAUCAAGAUCCAAUUUUCUUUAUAACAACGAUUUUAAUGGACCAAAUUAGAUCUAAGACUUACAUGAAUUUAUCAAAAACUGUUCCAAAAAUGUUGGUGUUUUGUUGAAUAAGGCUACGUCUGGAAUUAAAAGGUUAUCUUCUUAUAGUUUUUUUUAAAUCACUCUGUUAUUAAAUCUGAGUUAUCUAUCUUUAAAGUUCAUUUUUAUUAACAUAUUGUUGUAUAUCUUUGCGCUAUCUAAAUGUUUUUGUCUCCAGAUCUCGAUAACGCUUAUGGACAACGGAUUGUGUAGUUUUGUAUGAGUUUGUUCGUUUUGUUUUUUGCAAAUGUAUGUCUUGCGUAUAGUAUUUAUAUA